AUGGGGAAGAGUCUGAUUUCUCUGAUGUCGUUUCCUUUGCCGCUGGACACUGUUGGUCUAGGUGAUCUCAUCAAUGACCGAAAGGAUCCCAGAAAAAGCUUCUUCGAUCACACGACACUUCCAACUAAGCCCAACCCUUCCGUCAGUCUUAGCGAUAUACAGAAUUUUUCUGACAUGGUCAAGUCGACCCAGGCUGUGGAUUUGGAGGCUUCUCUGACACGGUUUGCCUCAGCGUUCCUGCGUACGAAGGCCAAGAGCUUCGAUGAACUGAAAUCAUGCCUCGUAAAGGAAUACACGCUUUCCAAUACCGACUCGUGGUACGACACCAUCAUCAAAGAAGACGGAGCGCGGCAAUGGAUUGAGCGCGCCAAGAUGCGUGGCAAAGAUAUCUACCUCAUCACAGGAUUUCGAACGCUACUAGACGCGACGCUCAAAUCGAGCAAUGGAACAGGGAGAUACGGCGGCGCAACAGCCCAUGUCCCUGUAGGAGCGUUGACAGGAAAUUCAGAUGACGGUUUUGAUGUGAAAGGGAAAGUUGAGGUGAAUUCAACCAAGUCUCACAUCACAUCCAUGCUCGUUCCCGGGGAAAAGGUCUUUGCAAUGCAGUACCUCAAAAGUAAAUUUAGGCCUUUCUCUAGCGACAAGGUAGAUUCUUCGUAUCUGGCGCCUCACAAUGGCUGGAUUGAAAUGCUGAUUGUUCGCAGCGAAGAGGCUGAAAACGACGGACUUGAAGCCGAGUUGGUUAAAGAUGUCGAUAGCGGUGAUGAUACCUGUGACACGUUUUAG